GCGAGGCUCGUCUUGCCCCGCCAGGCAUGGCCUAAGUAACGCAGGACGUCCGCGAACCCGAGGUCUUGAAGCGAGGCUGAACCCUUCGAGCAAAGUGAAAGUAAUCGUUGUAGAACGAGACGUAGCACAGUCAUUUACAAAACAGGCACGCAGUGCCUGCUGUUUUUCCGGUGCUGGGGGCGAAGGAUGAAGACCUCUCUUGCCUAAAAGGGAAUCUGGUGUACGGAGACCCUGGUAAACGUUGGCACUGCAGUGCAUUAAGUGCAUUGGUGGGACGAGCAGAUGCAGCAGCUAGAAAGUCAUGAAAGAGAAAUCUCAAUGCAACAGAGAAAAUGGAUACUGUGGGCUGAAAAUGCAAAAUCGAUUUAAGAAGGCUCACUUGUGCUGUCAUCUUCAGUCUUUGGGGACGGAGUGUGAAGAUGCUUAAAGAGUGUCCAGGGAUGGCAGAAGAUCCUCAGCAUCGAAUGGGUGUUCCUGUGGUGAAACUGGAGAAAGAGUUGCUGUGGGGCCGGGGACAGGAAGAUUCUAGUCCUGAGACUUUCCGUCUGAGAUUUCGGCAAUUCCGUUACCAGGAAGCAGCAGGUCCCCAGGAAGCCCUCAGGGAGCUCCAAGAGCUCUGUCGCCGGUGGCUGCGGCCUGAGCUGCAUACCAAGGAGCAGAUCCUGGAGCUGCUAGUGCUGGAGCAGUUCCUCACCAUCCUGCCCCGGGAGUUCUAUGCCUGGAUUCGAGAACACAGCCCGGAGAGCAGCAAGGCCCUGGUGGCUAUGGUGCAGGACUUGACCAACAGCACGCUGGACACCAAGGCGGUUCCAUGCCAUGUGCAGGGAGAGCAGCAGGAGACAGUGAUUGGCAGAGGUGCUUGGGAGCCAGGUGUCCACCUGGGGCCGGUGGAUGUCAAGCCUGAGUGGGGGAUGCCCCGCGAGGAAGGAGUUCAAGGCUUAGACCAGAGCACCGAGGAGCAACUGAGUCAGAACCCUGGAGAUGGGACACAGGCCUUCCAGGAGCAGGCACUGCCGAUACUUCAGGCAGGCCCCAGCCUUCCCCCAGUUGGCACCAGAGAACAAGAGAUGGCAGCUGGAUUUCUUACAGCGGGAUCGCAGGGGUUGGCACCCUUUAAAGACAUGGCCUUGGCCUUCCCUGAGGAGGAGUGGAGACACGUGACCCCAGCCCAGAUUGACUGUUUCGGGGAAUACGUGGAACCUCAGGACUGUGGGGUCUCUCCAGAUGUUGGGAGCAAGGAAAAGGAAGCAAAGUCACAGCAGGAAGACCUCAAAGGGGCGUUCGCCGGGCUGACUUCAGAGAGGUUUGGAGACACGGCUGUCCAGGGUCCUGGCCUGGGACAAGCCUGUGAACAGGAGCCCAGGGCCUCCGGGGGUGGCCUGCCUGUGCCUCCUGUGUCCCAGCACAGCGUCCCCCUGCCCGAUGACCUCAAAACUCACAACUCCUUCUGGAAGCCUUUCCAGUGCCCUGAGUGUGGCAAAGGCUUCAGCCGGAGCUCUAAUCUGGUCAGACACCAGCGAACCCAUGAGGAGGAGAAGUCCUAUGGCUGCAUGGAAUGCGGGAAGGGCUUCACCCUGAGGGAGUACCUCAUGAAACAUCAGCGGACCCACCUGGGAAAGAGGCCCUUUGUGUGCAAUGAGUGUUGGAAGACCUUUAGCCAGAGACACCACCUGGAGGUCCACCAGCGGAGCCACACUGGGGAGAAGCCCUAUAAGUGCGGGGACUGCUGGAAGAGCUUCAGCCGCAGGCAGCACCUGCAGGUGCACCGGAGGACGCACACUGGCGAGAAGCCCUACACGUGCGAGUGCGGCAAGAGCUUCAGCAGGAACGCCAACCUGGCUGUGCACCGACGCGCCCACACGGGCGAGAAGCCUUAUGGGUGCCAGGUGUGUGGGAAGCGCUUCAGCAAAGGGGAGCGGCUGGUCCGUCACCAGAGGAUCCACACGGGGGAGAAGCCCUACCACUGCCUGGCCUGCGGGCGCAGCUUCAACCAGAGGUCCAUCCUCAACCGGCACCAGAAGACCCAGCAUCGCCAGGAGCCCUCAGUGCCAUGAGGAUGCUGUGUGGAGGAGAGCUCCGCCACGAAGGUGUCUUUCCUCCUGGGGAAGUGCUGGGAGAUGUGCAGUGGUGGCCGUGGAAAGGCACUCGGGCCCACUUUCUUUCUGUGUGCUACCAAACACAGGAAGAGAGCAAGACCUGCUUUAUCCAGGGCUUUCAGAGGCCACAGCUGCCCGCACCUUCUGUCCAGGCAGUGGCGACAGUUUUCCUUACCAUCUUUUAGGGAAACAGUAUCUUGAGUGUCAGGUCAGGCUGGGGAUUUUUCACCAGCAGUGGGGUGUUCAAAUCUAUCUCUUGAUCAAGUUCAGUAGUAAGGGAAGAAUUGUGUCUCAAGUGGGCAGCUCCAAAGCUCGUUUUUCUGAAGGAUCCAUCCCCUUCUCCAAGAUCAUUAGCUCAGACUCUCCCACAGCCUCUCUUUACUCCUGUGCUCCUUUCGCUGAGAAUACCAUGGUGAAUGGGAUAGAUGAGACCUUGUUGUCUUGGAGCUGAGGCUGUGGUAGUGGGAACCACAGACCCGAAGCAAUCAGUAACCCCAAGUGCUCCGGAGUGUGUUUAUGUUGUGGUAAGGGCCACUGGAGAAAAUCUUAGCACGUGCUGUCAUUCUGCCAGCUGCUCCCAUGCUAGAUCUCACCUCCCCCCGCCCCACUUGGGAUCUUCUGUCAUGCGCUUUGUUUAUUUUGUUUAUUUGUAGCCUCCUUUAUCUCUGAUUGUACCAUGCUACCCUCAUCUGUAAUAUUUCCCCAUUCCAUUAUUCGUUGUACUAUAACAACUGUCAACACAUCAGCCAUUAGGAAAUUAAUAUUUUGCUAUCAAUCACUGAAUAAACAUGAGAUUAUUUUUAAAGAAAUCUUUGAUUCUGUACAAAGGUGUGAUUAAAUGACCUUGAAAGACGUA